GUCGGUUUCUAGGCUCUAGCUCGGUUAAUUGAGAGGCAAAAGAAAUGAGAAAAAAGAGAGGCCCAAACCUUUUCUCCUUUCUCUCUCUUUUCCUCCCCCAAAACCUCGAAUUCUAGGGUUUUUUUGGUCCUCCGAUCAUCGACGGCGAGGCGAACGCUGGGCCUCAACGGAUCUUCGAAUCCAAGGAAGAAGCCGGAGGAGGACGAGAAGGCUGGAAUCGAAGCGUGCAAGCCUGUUGCACCGAGGAGUGGUUCAAUUAUUCUUCUCUCUAGAGCUUGGAUUUAGCCUCUUUGUUAUUGAUCUUUCUCCUAAGAAAGAGUGAGGGAGAUAGAUGCGGUUGUAAUCGCAACCCUAUUGAGAUUUGGUGGAUGAGUUCAUGUUGUUAGGGCUUCGAUUCGUUCUUUUUGUAAAAAUAAGCUCUCUUCUCGAACUGAAUGGAUUCUUGUUCUUCUGAUGUUUGGAACCAGUAAUUCUGGACAGUGAUUUUAGUUUGCUUUCUUUAUCUUUUUAAUUUCCCUUGUUCUUGGUUACAAUUUGUGUGUCAGAAAAAAAAUAAAAAAAGGAGUACAUCCCUUACGCUUUGCACUUGAAUUUUGAGGGAGGGGGGAUUUUGCGGGAUAUCAAUUUUUAUUUUAUAAUUCGAUAUACUAAGGCAUAAACAAAUCAUAUUGAUUAAAAAGAAAGAAAAUAAUAUUAGAGUUCCUGCAACCGAUGGCGAGCUCUGGAUUAGCGAAGCGGGGUAAUGGAUACCUUGGGGUCACGGAGCCAAUCUCGUGGAGUGGGCCUACUGAAUUUGAUAUCACAAAGACCCACGAGCUUGAAAAGUAUCUUGCGGAUGCUGGGUUAUAUGAAAGCCAGGAAGAAGCUGUGUCUCGAGAGGAGGUUUUGGGAAGAUUGGACCAGAUUGUGAAGGUUUGGGUUAAGAAGGUUAGCAGGGCCAAAGGAUUCAACGAGCAAUUUGUGCUAGAAGCAAAUGCAAAGAUCUUCACUUUUGGUUCUUAUCGUCUUGGGGUUCAUGGACCUGGUGCAGAUAUAGACACAUUAUGUGUAGGGCCUAGACAUGCAACUAGAGAAGAGGACUUCUUUACAGAACUCCAUAAUAUGUUGGCUGAGAUGCCAGAAGUGACAGAACUACAUCCUGUUCCUGAUGCUCAUGUACCUGUGAUGAAGUUUAAGUUUAAUGGGGUUUCUAUAGAUCUUCUUUAUGCAAAGCUAUCACUUUGGGUAAUACCUGAAGAUCUGGAUAUCUCACAGGAUUCUAUAUUACAAAAUGCGGAUGAACAGACAGUUCGUAGUUUAAAUGGGUGCAGAGUUACUGACCAAAUUUUACGUUUGGUGCCAAAUAUCCAGAAUUUUCGCACAACUUUAAGAUGCCUGAGAUUUUGGGCAAAACGCCGUGGAGUUUAUUCUAAUGUUGCAGGGUUCCUUGGUGGUAUAAACUGGGCAUUGCUUGUUGCUCGUAUAUGUCAGUUAUACCCAAAGGCACUGCCCAGUAUGUUGGUAUCUCGCUUUUUCAGAGUUUAUACCCAGUGGCGCUGGCCAAAUCCUGUGAUGCUAUGUGAUAUUGAAGAGGGUACACUUGGACUCCCUGUUUGGGAUCCAAGAAAAAAUUAUAAAGACAGACUACAUCAAAUGCCUAUUAUAACCCCUGCUUAUCCUUGUAUGAAUUCUAGCUACAAUGUAUCAUCGAGUACUUUGCGUGUUAUGACGGAAGAAUUUCAACGAGGCCAUGAGAUCUGCGAGGAGAUGGAGGCCAAUAAAGCUGAUUGGAAUAAACUUUUUGCGCCUUAUCCAUUCUUUGAAGCCUACAAGCAUUAUCUGGAGAUUGACAUCACUGCAGCAAAUGAAGAUGAUCUCAGAAAAUGGAAGGGAUGGGUUGAAUCUCGUCUUCGUACGCUUACAUUAAAGAUUGAGAGGCACACAUUUGGCAUGCUUCAAUGUCAUCCUCACCCAGGUGACUUCUCAGACAAAUCUAGACCAUUUCAUUGCUGCUACUUCAUGGGACUUCAGAGAAAACAAGGAGUACCAGUAAAUGAAGGGGAACAAUUUGAUAUAAGGGUAACAGUGGAAGAAUUUAAGCACUCUGUUGGCAUGUAUACAUUAUGGAAACCAGGCAUGGAGAUCCAAGUUUCUCAUAUAAAACGCAGAAAUGUGCCUUCAUUUGUUUUUCCUGGUGGAACACGGCCUUCUCGUCCACUUAAGGCAGCUGGCAGUGAGGGUCAUACUAUUUCAAAAACCAAGUCCUCUAGCUUGGUUCUGGCAGGAAAACCUUCUGACACUCUAAGUGGGAGUUGUGAUACACAUAUGGCAGAUGACUCUAGCACUAGAAAGCAGUUGGCUGCAGGUACUCCUGUUGGUGAUCAAGUAGUCCAGGGGUCUGAAAGAUGUAGUCCCAUCACCAUGACCUCUUCCAGUGCUUCUAGUUUGUGCACCAAGGAGGCUGAAGGAUCAGCAAUCAACCUUGUGGGAAAUGCCAAUGGGAUUUUAAAUGUUACCGUUGAAUCAAGAAAGAGGAAACAUGUGGAGGACACAGACAGCAACUCAAUUGAUGCACAACGUCUGGCUGCUCAUUCAGCUAAACUGCCAGAGAGUGUUGGCAUGGCUGGUUCUGGUAUUAUUGCUGCUGUGGGUCCUGGCAAUUGUACAGCUAGUUUGUGCUCCAAGGAAGCUGAGGCACUUGCAAUAAAGAAAAUAACCAGUGGGUCUCCUACAAACCUGGCAUCUUUACCUGAAGGACUUGAUGAGCUUGAGUUAUUUGAGCCGCAAGGGCAGGAUAAAGAUUUUGAUGGGGUUGCUGGUGGCUGCUCUGUGGUAUCUUCGGCUGCAAAGGAUGCUCCAAUGCAAGUCGGCAAGCUGCAUGACAGUUCCAAGAAUGAAGGCAUAGAAGAGCUUGAGCCGGCAGAGCUGUCUGCUCCAACUUUUGGUGGCCCCACAGCUUCUUCAUCAAAUACUCAGCGCAAGCCACUUAUCCGCUUAAGGUUGUCCUCUGUUGUGAAAGCAGCAGAUAAAAGCGGUUGACUCUUGUGCUUGAGAACGUCCAGAGUAUCCGUAAACCAUCCACUUCGGUCUCUUGAAUUAUGUGGAAGAGGUGGGAUAUUUGGGAUAACCACUGCAGAGCUAAUUUACUCGCUCAAAUGUGGCCUGCUGAUAGUACUGUCAUCCUUGUAUUAAUUCUGUAAUAGGGUGACCGGUGGAUCAAUGGCACCUAACCUUUUGUAAUAAAAUCCAAUAUGCAAUAUUAAGAUAUAUGUUCUUGCUCA